AUGCCGCCAUUCGCACCGGCACUUCGUGCUGAAGCUUCCUUUGCAGGCCAAUCUUCCAGCGCAAAGCCUUUCUCCGACAAGUUCGCUCCCGCUAGCAAUGGAGGUCAGCCGCGUAGACUUGCUGUCAUGACCUCCGGCGGUGACUCGGCUGGUAUGAAUGCUGCCGUCCGCUCCGUAGUCAAGAUGGCCAUCUUCCGCGGCUGCGAGGCCUUUGUCAUCCGUGAGGGUUGGGAGGGUCUCGUCAGAGGAAAUCACACACCCGAAAACACCCCUUCCGCAACGCCUGCGGUCAGCAGGAGCGCAUCCACCUUCUUCGACACUCCCGAUACCAAGGGCAAGGCCUCCGAUCUUGAACACAACCCAGAACAGUCCGACUUUGUCCCAACCUAUGGAGAAGGCGAGCUUCUUCGUGAAGGUGUUGGAGAAGCGCAGGAGCUCGGUCUCCGUGGUCGCUACAUCAUCCGCGUCGGUUGGGAUGAUGUGCGUGGCUGGAUGGACCAGGGCGGUACGCUCAUCGGCACCGCACGUUCCAAGACUUUCCGCACACCAGAAGGUCGCGAACAGGCCGCCUACAACCUCAUCAUCAACGGAAUCGACGCUCUCGCCGUAUGCGGUGGAGAUGGAAGUCUCACAGGCGCCGACAAGCUUCGCGCCGAAUGGCCUGAUCUCGUCGCAUCCCUCAAAGCCAAGAGCAGGAUCACCGAAGAGCAGGCCACCAAGUUUGCCCAUCUCAACAUUGUCGGUCUCGUCGGCUCAAUCGACAACGACAUGGCCACCACCGACAUCACCAUCGGCGCUUCCACUGCGUUGCAACGCAUCUGCGAGGCUGUCGACUCCAUCUCCUCCACCGCUGCAUCCCACUCUCGUGCCUUUGUCGUAGAGGUCAUGGGUAGACACUGCGGUUGGCUCGCCCUCAUGGCCGGUAUCGCUACCGGCGCCGACUACGUCUUCAUCCCAGAGCGCCCUCCUCAGGGCGAAAAGUGGCAUUCCGAAAUGUGCGCCGUUCUGCAGAAGCACAGAGACCUCGGUAAGCGCAAGUCGAUCGUAAUCGUCGCAGAAGGCGCCAUCGACCGCGAACUCAACGACAUUACCCCCGACAUGAUCAAGGACGUCCUCUCCAACGACCUCGGCCUCGACACGCGCGUCACCACCCUUGGUCAUACCCAGCGAGGAGGCAAGCCAGACGCAAACGACCGCAUCCUCGCCACGCUGCAAGGCAUCGAAGCCGUAGAUGCCGUGCUCGAAGCCACCCCCGAGACCCCUUCCUACGUCAUUGGCAUCAGCGAGAACAAGAUCACCCGCAUUCCCCUCAUGUUUGCCGUCGAGCAGACGCAAAAGGUCGCCAAGCUCAUCGAGUCCAAGGACUUUGAUGGUGCGCUCGCCCUCCGCGAUCCUGAGUUUGCAGAGGGCCUCCGUGCCUUCAAGUACAUCAGCCAGAUCACCGACGACGAGUUGUUGCCCCAGAAGAAGCGAAUCAGGAUGGGUGUCAUCAACGUCGGUGCUCCUGCCGGAGGUAUGAACGCUGCUACCCGCACCGCCGUUCGCUACUGCCUCGCAAAGGGCCACGAGGCUGUCGUCAUCUACAAUGGCUUCCCCGGCUUGCUCGAGGACAACGUCUCGGUCCUCACCUGGCUUCGUGUUGACAACUGGGCAACACGAGGCGGUUCCGAACUCGGCGUCAACCGACACCUGCCCGACAUCGACAUUGGUGCGGUUGCCGCCAAGCUGCAAGAGCACAAGAUUGAGGGCCUCCUCAUCGUUGGUGGCUUUGAAGCCUUCAGCUCGGUCAAGAUCCUCAACGACAACCGCGAUCGAUACCCCGCCUUCCGCAUCCCAAUCGUCGGCCUUCCCGCCACCAUCUCCAACAACGUGCCCAUGAACGAGUUCUCGCUCGGAUCCGAUACCUCGCUCAACGCGCUCGUCGACGCUUGCGAUGCUGUCAAGCAGUCGGCGUCUGCGUCGCGAAACAGAGUCUUUGUUGUCGAGACUCAGGGUGGGAAGUGCGGCUACAUUGCCGUCAUGGGCGCGCUCGCUGCCGGGGCCGUGCUCGUCUACACGCCAGAAGUGGGCAUCGGCCUUCAGCAACUCGGCAAGGAUGUAGCUUUCCUCAAGAGGCGUUUCCAGCUCGACGUCAAAGGCAAGUCCGAAGGCAGGCUGGUCAUCCGAAACGAAAAGUCGUCGGAUGUUUUCACCACCGAGGUCAUCACCAAGAUUCUGAAGGAGGAAGGCAGCAGCCUUUUCGACUCGCGUUCCGCCAGUCUCGGCCACACGCUCCAAGGUGGCGUCCCUUCGCCGCUCGAUCGUGUCCGCGCUACACGUCUGGCGCUCAAGUGCUGCGAGUUCCUCGAAUCCGAAGCGCUCAAGCAGCGUAGCUCUUCGUCGGCGUCGUCCAAGGGCUCAGGCGGUGCUGCAUCGGAAAAGUCGUAUUCGGACGACACGGCUGUGAUGAUCACCAUCCAAGGUUCAACCAUCUGCUUCACCUCGGCCACAGAGAUGGCACGAAACGCCGAUGUCAAGAACAGACGCGGCAAGACGGCCUGGUGGCACGAACUCAAGGCGCUCGUCGAGCUGCUCGGUGGUCGCACCGCUCUGGCUGAAUUGUAG